AAACCCAAACAUGUUAUUUGUUAGUUCCCCACUUGCGAAGGAAAUUGUUCCUUAUUCCUUAAGCUCUCGAACUUCUAUGUAAAAGGGCAUGCCUGGUUGCGGGCAAAUGCAAAAUGCGUUGCUUCACUAUUCCACUUUCUUCCAUACCACAGGUCAAAACAGCUUGAUGGUGUUCCACUUUCCCCUGAAAAUUGAUAAUUUUCACACGAUGCCGUUUUUUGGGUCCUUAGAUUUCAUAAAGAAAGUCAUGGCCAUACAAACAGAGCAACCUCUUCCCACUCACACUCCCUUCCUCACUUCAAACUCAAACCAAGACCACCAACACCUACCACAAGAAAAUAAUAACAAUGAUGAAGAAACACAAACACCCCUUGAUGAUGUCCUUGCACGUUUAGAAGCACUUCUCACGCUACUUGGCUUCAACCAGUCUUCAUUGUUGAGCUUCACCGUGUCUUGGACAACUUUUGCGGCGGUUGGUGUGGUGGUGCCACUCCUGGCCCUUCAGGUGUAUGACACGGACAAGAAUCAGAUAAAAAGUUUUGAAAUUGGCAUUGUUGCAUUUCAGACUUGCCUAGCUUCCGUGUCCUUGAUUUGCCUCUCUCACAAUCUUCGCAAGUAUGGCCUCACCAGGUUCCUCUUCGUUGACCGCCACGCUGCUCACAUGCCAUGCUUUCACCAUGAUUACGUUAAACAGAUUUCGGGGUCUUUACGCUUGAUCAUCCUUUGGGUGUUGUCAUGUUUCCUUUUGAAGACAGCCCGAGAAAUCACUCGCCUUUCCUUGGUAGAACACGGGUCUCUAUGGCUCUCUAUUGCUGUUUUAUUGGCUCUGAUUGUAUCAUGGACUUAUGUGAGUGCAAUCUCUUUAUCGGCCUGUGUUCUAUUUCACUUGGUCUGCAGUUUGCAACUCAUUCACUUUGAUGAUUACGGGAAACUCUUGCAAAGGGAAAAUGAUGUGUUGGUUUUUAUGGAGGAGCACAUUCGGUUGCGAUUCCAUCUGUCCAAGAUAAGCCAUAGAUUCAGAAUUUACUUGCUUCUACAGUUCUUGGUUGUCACAGCUAGCCAAUUUGUGACUCUAUUACAGGUCACUGGAUUUGGUGGAGCACUGACUUUCAUAAGUGGUGGAGAUUUUGCUGUUUCCACACUUGUUCAAGUGGUUGGAAUUAUUAUUGUUCUGCAUGCAGCAACAAAGAUUUCACAUAGAGCUCAAGGCAUUGUUUCACUUGCAAGCAGAUGGCAUGCGCUAGUAACAUGCACUUCUGAUUCAUCUAAACUGAGAUAUUGUGCUAGUACAGGGAGCUUGGAGGCUGCAAAACAUUUAAACUCAAUGUUUUUGGAUUACUCAGAAAGUGAUCUAGAGUCAUCAGAUUACAUUGGUGUGCCUUCACAUACCCAGUUAGCUUCUUAUAUGUCCUCGCAUAACAAGAGACAAGCCUUUGUGAUGUAUCUGCAGACAAAUGCUGGAGGAAUCAGUAUAUUUGGAUGGACAGUUGACCGGUCUCUUGUGAACACAAUAUUUUUCUUUGAAUUGACUCUGGUUACCUUUGUUCUUAGUAAGACAAUACUUUAAUACUUUAAUGAUAAAAUUUGCAUACCAGCACCAAUAAACCCUCUACGACCUUUGGGCCUUCUAGGUUGCCACAAUAAAUUUCUUGAAAGGGUCCACGAGUUCUACAA